UGAAAGGAAGAAUCUAGAGCAAAGGAACGGUCACGGACUAUACCACUGGAUUAUGUAAGUUUAAUUCAGAUAGCACGUAAUGCGCACAAAAACAUUACAUAACAUAUAGCCAGCAAAUGUCCAUGUCUACCCUCUAACCUGUGAAAGCCCCUCCUGAACCAGAGAGAUGAUGCAGUAAACAGCAUCUGACCUUCACAUUGAUACAGAUUAACUGCAGCUGGCUACAUGAAGAUUGUGUGCAUUAGAUAUAGCACUUCAUCACGGACUGCAUUAUACUGUAAGAGUGGAUUGUUUUAUAAAGUUAGACAACGUCUAUAUUAUUCACUUUUAACUGGAUUGAAGCGGUGGUUAAUGUGGGCAUCAUGCAUGCAGACGUCUGCUUUUUGCUUUGUGCGUGUUUUCUCUCUGGAACUCUGCAGCUGCGUGGACAGGCGAUUCAGACCUGCAGCCAGAGCAGGUCCAGACGAGAAAUAAGCAGAACACAGAGAGAAGGAAAUAAACCUGGCAGCACACUACCCAUGAGAGAUCCAGAUGUCACAAAAGCCCCCAUCACAAAAUCAGAACAGCUGCUGAAAUUAGACCAUCACGACUUCACCAUGAGACCCGGCUUUGGAGGCCCUGCAGUACCGGUAGGAGUGGACGUUCAGCUGGAGAGCUUGGACACCAUCUCUGAAGUUGAUAUGGACUUCACCAUGACUCUCUACCUGAGACACUACUGGAAGGACGAGCGUCUGUCUUUUACUAGUAACACCAACAAAAGCAUGACCUUUGAUGGGCGGCUCCUGAAGAAGAUCUGGGUGCCUGAUGUGUUUUUUGUCCACUCCAAGCGAUCCUUCAUCCAUGACACCACCACAGAGAACGUCAUGCUCAGAGUUUAUCCUGAUGGCAAAGUUCUCUACAGUCUGAGGGUAACAGUCACCGCUAUGUGCAACAUGGAUCUCAGUCACUUUCCCCUGGAUACCCAAACGUGCUCACUGGAGAUCGAGAGCUAUGCUUAUACUGACGAUGACCUCAUGCUGUACUGGAAACGAGGGAAUAGAUCUCUGCAGACGGACGAGAAGAUUUCUCUGUCUCAGUUUCUCAUUCAAGAGUUUCACACCACUACAAAACUGGCUUUCUACAGCAGCACAGGCUGGUACAAUCGUCUCUACAUCAACUUUACUCUCCGGCGUCAUAUCUUCUUCUUCCUGCUCCAGACGUAUUUUCCAGCCACUCUGAUGGUCAUGUUAUCGUGGGUGUCUUUCUGGAUCGACCGCAGAGCCGUUCCUGCUAGAGUUCCUCUAGGUAUUACUACAGUGCUCACCAUGUCUACCAUCAUCACCGGGGUAAACGCCUCCAUGCCCCGAGUGUCUUACAUCAAAGCUGUGGACAUUUACCUGUGGGUCAGCUUCGUCUUUGUGUUUCUGUCUGUGAUAGAGUAUGCCGCUGUCAAUUACCUGUCAACUGUGCAGGAGCGCAAAGAAAGGACACAACGCAGUAAGAUGCCAUGUACAUGUGGAAUGAUCCAUCCAGGUCAGAUGAUGAUGGACAGUAGUUACAAUGACAUGGACGUGAUGACUACAGGGAACUACGGCAUGUCCGAACUAAACGGAGACAAACAUGAGCAGUUCCUAAUGCAUUUCGUCAUGGAUAAUGAACAAGGACCUGUAACCUCACGCAGCAGCUUAUAUAUAGACACUCACGCCAUAGACAAAUACUCACGGGUCAUUUUCCCUGGAGCAUAUACACUUUUCAACAUUAUAUACUGGUCUAUCUACUCUCAGUGACUGCUUUUACUAUACAGACAUUUGUGAAUACAGAUUACACAGAAACAUAAUACAACACACUUCAUUUUUAUUAUAAUUUUAAUACGAGACAAGUUUUUUUAGCUCAUCAAUAGCAAUUAUUUGUGUUUUAUAGGCUGAUGACGUGUUAUUUUACAGUUAACAAAGAAACGUUUGUGAAAUAUAAAUGUGGAAAUUGUCUUGUGGAGUGACUGAACUAAGACACUGCAUAGCAAUCCAAUAGAAGAAAAUUAAAGGGUUCAUACGACGCUGGUAAAAAUAACUUUAUUUUGUGUAUUUGGUGUAAUGCAAUGUGUUUACGUGGUUUAAGGUUAAAAACACAUCAUGUUCAACAUACCAUACAUUACUGUUACACCCGCCUCUCUGAAACGCAACAAUUUUUAAAAACCUCAUCGUUCUAAAAAGCACAGUUUGCUUCGAUUGGCCAGCUAUCCAGUGCUCCCAAAGCACAGCGUCUCCAUGACAUGAUGGUGCCGACAACAAUAAAACUUACGCCUUCUUUGCAUAUACGUUUGGGCGGUGUUAUGCAAAUUUUCCCACACAGUGACGUAGAUAUGUUGAGGUUUGUUUGAAUGAGACGUUUUAGGAAGAUGUGGAUGAGCUUCACUUUCAGAAAGAAUACCUCUUUGGGUUUGAGACUUCAAUCUUUGCGACUUUACAUAUAUUCUGUGCGCACAAAGAGCUUUUAACACUCCAAAGAUGCCAUUUUUCCUCCAUUACCGAUAGCUUAUUCAGAUACCAAUAGUUUGGUGGUUAUGUUAACUUGCAUUAACUAAAUAUGAAGAUAAAAUUUUCUGAAUGUUAUUCAUUCAUAUAAUGACCAGAAAUUGCAUUUCCUCUUCUCUUUUGAUUGACAGAAUAUAUCGGUCAUGACUAUCGGCUGUUUCAAAACUAUAGCCGAUUGUGUGAAAAAUUGCUUUUAUUGACCGAUACUAGGGCUAUGCGUGUUUCGUCAGUAAAGCCAUAAAAGGUGAAAAGAUCAUAAAAGGUGAUUAGUAGUUAAUCGCCAUCACCUGCUUUCAGAUGGAGCGGCAUUUACUACACAGAGCCGUAUUUCACAAAGAAGCUAGGCAAAAUCGCAUGAUUAUCGGAGUCGAUUUUCCUCGAUUAUGAACGCGAUUUUGC